AUGGCACUGGUGCUGAACAAAGAUUCGGCCGUUCUUCAGGGUGCGUUCCUCCUGGCUGAUAAGCUGUGUCUCCCCUCAUCGCUGUCCUCCCUUCAGAAAGCGGACUGGAGCAGGGUGGGACGUCCUGUCCUGGAGGCAGUCAGAGAAGUCUGUGGACAAGAUGAAGUCAGUGCGUCCACAACGGCUGUCACCUGGACAAAGAAAUUAGUUUGUGCUGUGUGGCUCAAGGUGUUGUGUAGGGAGUAUGGAGAAGACGUGGAGAUGGCCUGGAGGGAGAACCCUUUCUUCCCCCUUCAGAACGGCCUCCCGGAGGUCAACCAUGUUGUCCUGCUGGAAGUGGUGAGGUCGAUGGCAGCUGCUCAGGCAUUUGCCCAUUUCCUCUUGUAUCUUCCUCAGUCUCAGAUCUGUACUGAGCUCGAAAGGCUAGUGCAACACGUGAGGAGCAGCCCUACUAGAGAGGACGAUGUCCGACUUUUUCUGGAGGUGUGGUGGGAGCUGUGGAAAGGCCCAGAUGAGCAGAAAGCAGGAGGAGAUGAUAGCAUUGAAGUGAUGUUCGCUAGACAGUUUGCUCGUCUCUCCCCCAAGUCUUCCGGUCUGACCCCUCAGGCUGCCAAGAGGUUAAAGUUAGACACGUCAGAUCUACCAGGAUCAUCGCCAGCCUCUGAUGUCCUCCACAUUGUCCUUCAUGCACUUAAAGACAUAAAAGAUCACAUAUCUACAGCAGAUCUUUGUCUCCAGGCCCUCUCCAUUUCUCUUGAUGCUGUUCACACAGCCUUCCUGAUAGACCAAGCCGUUGUACUUUCAACCGAAGAGAAGAUGCACAUCUUGUCUAAAGUCGUCAGCAUCAGAGAAAAGAAUGAUGAGAAACUGAGCCCUGAACUUAUUCGGGAGGCUCAGAGAGACCUACGUGCUUCUCUAACACCCUCUAAGUUUCACCCCAGCAGGGUGAAGCUCGGUGAAGCCAUGAAUAUUAUAACAGAACUUGUGCAGUUUUGGCAAAACAGUGGGUUCCUGAAAGUGUCCUGUAGCUCCAAUCCUAGCUACUCUGCAUUCAAACUACAACAAAGUCUCCAGAGAGUCCUGACAGCUCUACAGAAAGUGCCUGAAACCAUGACUGACAUGGAUGAUCAAGAGACUGAGAAGAAUGUACUCGGAGGUUUGCUGGAGUCACUGGCUUUCCCUGCUCUAGAGAGCACCCCCGAGGUGAACGCGAGGGUCGCCGCGAUCAUCAUCAGCCACCGCCUGGACGACUAUCAGAACUUUGCGGUGUUAUUUGCCGGCGAGAAGACCUGGUCUGCCUGGGAUGAGCGCUGGGUGGACUGCCUGCAGAAGAACCAGGUAGUUUUCCAGCAGUGCGACACACUGAUCAAGCUGACCUCCACCCUCAUGAGGAAACUCCACAGUGGGAGUGCGAACGUAAACCAGUGCAGGAGGCUGAUGAAAGUCAUUGCGGACAUGUUCUCUGCGCUCUCCUUAAAAGACAAGAACACGGCGUUGGCUGCCAUGUUGAGACUCUCCAGCAAGGGGUUCUUCGGGUGUUCCGUCCCCUCUGCCGUGACUGACGGGUUUGAGCAGGAGCUCAACAUGGCCUUCAACUGCAUCAUCCAAGGAGGGGGUGGAGCGCCGGCAGCGGCGUCUCAGGGCAACCUGAACACAGCCGUCUCUUUAGUAGCAAGAGUUGCGUUUCAGAACCCAGAGGCUGCUCUGCGGUCUUGUUGUCAUUCAGCUAUUUUCAAUAAAGGUGCUUUCUCUCUCAUGGCUAAGAUCCUGCAGCAGCUGCCUGGACUCAGAGGACGGAGGGAAAGUGAAACUCAAAGGGAUGAGGAAGAAAGACAAGAGGCUGGGGGAGAUAUAGAUGAAGGAAAGGGUGCUCUGAGUGGUAGCGGCCUCCUCUGCAGGUGUCUCCAGGAGAUGAUCAACACCAAGUCACUGUCAGCCAAUGAAAAAGAGCAGUUCCUCAAAUAUCUGGGUCUGCUGAUGAUGCCUGUCAUGACAGGUGACGGAGAAGAAAGGAUGCAAAGCUUUCUGCCACCUGAGGAGGUCGUGAACGUCUUCGUCCUGCCUAACCUCUCCACUGUGGGUCAGAGCUGCUUUGAUACAGAGCUGAGUCUGCAGCUUCUCCACAUUGCUUUGUCUGCGGACGUCCAGGAACAAGCCUCGUCUCCUCACUGGGUGUUGGACUGCUCCCCCUUUCCCCUGCUCUACGUCCUGGCCCAGCUGCAGAGCCAGACUCUCAGGUGUUGGGAGCAGCCACCAGAGGGCACCUUUCACCACUUGUCCAUGGACACCAAGGAGCUGCUGGAGUCGGUGCUGACCACAUUGGGGCAGCUGGUGGGUGCAGAGGUGGCGGCGGCCCCCAGCAGCUGGUCCAGAGCUCUGUUCUGGCUCUACAACAAGAUGGAGGAACUGGACUGGACCGUUCGUUUCCACCUGAAGCCCGUUUGGGGGGAACACUUUAAAAACGAGGUUCCCACGUCUCUGCUUACUGUGUGUGAUCUACCUGAGCAGGAGUGGUCAGGUUUGGACCUGCCUCAGUAUGGCCAGGGCACGGGUCUUUUGGCCUGGAUGGAGUGCUGCUCUGUAUCAGACUCCCUACAGUCCACCAUGUUGUCCCGUCUCUCUCUGGACCAGCGCAAGCCCGACCACGUCAACAUGUUCAGCAAAGGCCUGCUGGUGGCUCUGACCCAGACCCUGCCCUGCUGCUCCGUCUCCCAGUGGACCAGACUGCUGAGAGUCCUGCGGGAGCUGAUCUCCUCAGGUCGCCUCCAUGUUCCCUUCUCGCUCGAGUACGUGGACUAUCUGCCACUCCUGGAUCUUAGGAGGUUUUCGUGUGAGCUCCGCCUGUCUGUCCUCCUGCUUCGAGUCCUUCAGCUGCUCUGCGGGUCCAGCUGCUCCCACUGGCUGUCAGCGGACGGCUGGGCGCACGUUGGCAGGUUAUACGCCCACGCUGUGAGGGAGAUGAUAAACUCAGUAAGAGCCAAGCUUCCUCUUCCUUCAUCUGGCGCUUUGACGGCCUCUGCUUCAACGCCUCCUAAAACGCCAGCAUCUAAAGACUCCAGUUCAUCCUGCACUUCAAUCAAAACUCCUAAAAUGUCCAAAGCCUCUCUGAAAGACGUUACACAAGCAGAAGGUUCUCCUCUGAACUCCAAAGAGUCCCAAAUGGAGGUGGAGGUGGAGAUGGUUCCCAGCCAGGAAGUCCUUUUUGUACUCAGCCAGCUCUUCUGCCAUGUUCAGCACAUCCAGGUGAUGAUGCCAGGAGGCCAGUGUGAACCGUUGUUCCUGUCCAGUCUGGAGAUCCUCAGCCACUACGAGGCAAUCAUGGCCGCUUUCCCUGGCAGCAGCAGCCCGCUGGAGAGCGACAACACCCGCCACUUCUUCUCCACCAUCACAGACAACCUGGACAACCAGGAGAUGAAGGCUGUACUGCGUCAGAAGAUCGCUCAGCUCGUGUCAUCGGCAGCUUAAGAUGCACCGAUUUUUCUUUAAUGUUUUCCAUCAGGGCUCUUACAUGGGUUUGCUGAUAAAAUAAUUUCACUUGUCAAUGUUGUACGCUGCACUUGGUUAAAUCACAGAGUGAUGCUGAGGAGUCUGAAUAAAAAAAGCCUAUAUUCCACAGCAAA